CUGUCGUCCAAUAGGACCCCACCUUCUCUCUCUUAUCAUACCCUCUCCUUCUCUCUUCACGAUACUCUUGGCGCCUGCUGAUAUAGUCUACUAAUAAUAGCCACUGCCUCCCUCCUGGUACACUGUAUCCUAGUGUAGUAUCAGAUCUCCAAAAUUGUACUCUGCAUUCCGCCCACCCAAUCAUCUCUUUUCCAGAACAGGAAGGAAGCUGGAGAAGAAACCCGAAGCAGGAAAGAUAUGGUUUACACCCUCUCUGGCCUCCAGUUGCCUGCUGCUCCCUCAGUAUUCAAGCAUCACGCAUCCAGCUCCCACGCUGAUCCGAGGAAUGCCUAUCCUACUAUCUUCCUGAGAAAACAUUCAUUUCCUCGGGCGAUAUUUGCUGGAAUGUCUUCGUACAAUCCCACAUCCUCUUCUUCUGUAGUUGCUUCAUCAGAGAAAGUCCUUGUUCCUGGUGGCCAAAGUGAGGGAUCAUCAUUCUCAACAGAUAAUUUACAGGCUGCUGAGACAUAUUUGGAAGAUACCCAAGUAUCAGCUGAUGUUGGUAUAACUAUGGAAGAGAUCAGUAACAGAAAAAACAAUAUGAAUAAUGCUGAAGUAACAAGGGACUCUGAAGAAAGUGUUCAAGAGCAGGGUCAUGCUUCCUCUGUACAAUAUGAAGAAGACGGUGAAGUGAAGGCUUCCCCAAUAGCAUUUACUUCAAACCACAUUAGUAUUGAGUCUGAAAUGGCAAAAAGGAGCAUCAUUCCUCCACCUGGACUUGGUCAGAGGAUCUAUGAAAUAGACCCUCUCUUAAAAAAUUUCCGCAACCAUCUUGAUUAUAGGUUUUCGCACUAUAGGAAGUUGCGGGAAACAAUUGACCAGCAUGAGGGUGGAUUGGAAGCAUUCUCUCGUGGUUAUGAGAAAUUAGGAUUCACUCGGAGUGCUACAGGUAUCACCUAUCGGGAAUGGGCUCCAGGAGCCAAGUGGGCAACCCUCAUUGGAGAUUUCAACAACUGGAAUCCAAAUGCUGAUGUUAUGACUCGGAAUGAGUUUGGCGUUUGGGAGAUCUUUGUGCCAAAUAAUGCGGAUGGAUCUCCUGCAAUUCCACAUGGAUCUAGAGUGAAGAUACGCAUGGACACUCCAUCAGGCAUUAAAGACUCCAUUCCAGCUUGGAUCAAAUUCUCUAUACAAGCUCCUGGCGCAAUUCCAUAUGAUGGAAUAUACUAUGAUCCUCCAGAAGAGGAACAGUAUAAAUUUCAACAUCCACGACCAAAGAGACCAAAGUCACUGAGAAUAUAUGAAUCUCAUAUCGGAAUGAGCAGUCCGGAGCCUAAAAUAAAUACAUACGCAGAGUUUAGAGACGAUGUGCUUCCUCGAGUAAAGAGGCUUGGCUACAAUGCUGUCCAGAUAAUGGCCAUUCAAGAACAUUCUUAUUAUGCUAGUUUCGGCUAUCACGUUACCAAUUUCUUUGCACCAAGCAGUCGUUGUGGGACCCCGGAAGAUCUUAAAUCUUUGAUUGAUAGAGCUCAUGAACUUGGAUUGGUUGUUCUAAUGGAUAUUGUGCACAGUCAUUCAUCAAACAAUACUUUGGAUGGGCUGAACAUGUUUGAUGGUACAGAUAGUUGCUAUUUCCACUCUGGAUCCCGAGGUUAUCAUUGGAUGUGGGAUUCUCGUCUCUUUAACUAUGGACAUUGGGAAGUACUGAGAUUUCUGCUCUCAAAUGCAAGAUGGUGGUUGGAUGAGUACAAGUUUGAUGGCUUCAGAUUUGAUGGUGUUACUUCUAUGAUGUAUACUCACCAUGGGUUGGGGGUAGGAUUUACUGGGAAUUAUAAUGAAUACUUCGGAUAUGCUACUGAUGUUGAUGCUGUCGUGUAUUUGAUGCUUGUCAAUGAUCUCAUUCAUGGUCUCUUCCCAGAUGCCAUAACCGUUGGUGAAGAUGUUAGUGGGAUGCCAGCAUUUUGUAUUCCUGUUCAAGAUGGAGGUGUAGGUUUUGACUAUCGGCUUCAUAUGGCAAUUGCUGAUAAAUGGAUCGAGAUUCUCAAGAAAAGAGAUGAGGAUUGGAAAAUGGGUGACAUUGUUCACACACUUACUAAUAGAAGAUGGAUGGAGAAGUGUGUUGCUUACGCUGAAAGUCAUGACCAAGCUCUUGUUGGUGAUAAAACUAUAGCUUUCUGGUUGAUGGACAAGGACAUGUAUGACUUUAUGUCUUUGGAUAGACCAUCAACUCCAGCAAUAGAUCGUGGAAUAGCAUUGCACAAAAUGAUCCGACUAAUAACUAUGGGGUUAGGAGGAGAAGGAUAUCUAAAUUUCAUGGGGAAUGAAUUCGGUCAUCCUGAGUGGAUUGAUUUCCCUAGAGAUGAUCAACACCUUCCGGAUGGUAAAUUUGUCCCCGGAAAUGGGAACAGUUAUGAUAAAUGUCGACGUAGAUUUGAUCUGGGUGAUGCAGAAUUUCUGAGGUAUCGGGGAAUGCAAGAAUUUGACCAAGCUAUGCAGCAUCUUGAAGAAAAAUAUGGUUUCAUGACAUCAGAGCACCAGUAUAUAUCCCGCAAAGAUGAAGGGGAUAGGGUUAUUGUCUUUGAAAGGGGGGACCUGGUUUUUGUCUUCAAUUUCCACUGGACUAAUAGUUAUUCAGAUUACCGCAUAGGUUGCUCGAAGCCUGGAAAGUAUAAGGUAGUGUUAGAUUCCGACAGUCGGUUGUUUGGAGGCUUUGGCAGAGUUAAUCACAGUGCAGAGUUUUUCACACACGAAGGGUAUUAUGAUGAGCGUCCGCGCUCUUUUAUGGUGUAUGCACCAAGCAGAACAGCAGUGGUAUAUGGCCCAGCUGAGGAUAAAGCGAAAGGGGUUGUUGAUGUAUGAAUGUCAUCGUUCCAACUUAAUUGCAUUCUGUAAAGUAUCUUGUCCUUGUAAUUUGUAAAAGCUAAACCGUUGGAGCCGUGGGGGUCUUUUAACAAGGACCUUUUACAUAAGCAUUCCCCAGCAGAUAGUUCUCUUUCAAAGAAAGUUUUAAAGCUUAUAAAGCCGAAAAUAAAGCCUCGUUUUGUUUUCAUCUGUCAUUCUUUAUAUGGAUCAUUACUCCGUAUUAAUUUCAUGUCAAUUUAUAAUAUUCAUCAUUAUCUAUACACACA